CCUCUCUCGCCCCUCCUUGUUCCCUGUAAAAGGGAACAAACUGCCGCCGUGCCGCUGUCCCGCCUCCAGCUCCUCUUGUCCCGUCAGUGAAGCUGCAGCACCGCACUCCCUCCACCGACCAGCUGUGUGCAGCGUUUGACCAGAAUGUGAAAACUAAACUACCCGGACAAAAGUUAUUUUCAUGGAAAGAAAGGCUCCAAAUACAGGACCAUGGGGUAUGGGCAAAUCCUCCACCAGUGGGGGAAUGAGGAGGACCAGGUCCACCUUAACGUGGGAGGGGUACGACACGAAGUGGAUCCGGACAUGUUGCUCCGGUUCCCUCACACACGCCUGGCUCGUCUGCUGCGCUGCCAAAGCGAGGCGGCGAUCCUGGAGCUGUGUGAUGACUACAGCCCGGCCGAGAAGGAGUACUACUUUGACAGGAACCCCCGGGUUUUCCUCUCGGUGCUCAAUUUCUACCACACGGGACGUAUCCACAUGAUGGAGGAGCUGUGCGUCUACUCCUUCAGCCAGGAGAUCGAGUACUGGGGCAUCCAAGAGCUCCACCUGAGCCCCUGCUGUAGCUAUUGGUACCACGAGAGGAAGGAGUACAUCGAGGACAGGGACUGGGACAUCAGGAGCGACGACCAGCAGCAGCCAAGCUUGGACUCUUCCUUUGAGGAACUGUCAGCUCUUGAUAAAGACCUGGCCAAGUUCAAAGGUGCCUGGUGUGCAGAAGUGAGGAGCUACGUUUGGCUCAGGCUGGAGGAUCCGGGUCACUCAAGAGCUUCAAAGAUCAUCGCCGUGGCCUCCCUCAGCUUGGUGUUGACCUCUAUCGUUGCCAUGUGUGUCCACAGCAUGCCUGAGUUUCAGCAUGUGGACGACAAUGAGAAACCCAUCGAGGACCCUGUCCUGGCCAUCCUGGAGGAGAUCUGCAUUGCCUGCUUCUCUGCCGAGUUCAUCAUCAGGCUGAUUGUUGCGCCCUCCCCGAGGAAGUUCCUCGGAAACCCCUUAAACAUCAUUGACGUUGCCUCCAUUUUGCCGUUUUACGCCACUUUAGCUCUGGAAACAGCCGAUGAGGAGAGCGCAGAGGACAAUGAGGACUUAGAAAACAUGGGGAAGGUGGUGCAGGUGCUGCGCCUCAUGAGGGUUCUCCGAAUCCUCAAACUGGCUCGCCACUCCAUCGGGCUGCGAGCACUGGGUGCCACCGUCCGCCACAGCUACCAAGAGGUGGGUCUGCUCCUUCUCUUCCUCUCAGUGGGGAUCUCCAUCUUUUCUGCCCUCAUCUACUUUGCAGAGAAGGAAGAGGAGGACACAGAUUUGGGGACCAUCCCUUCAGGCUGGUGGUGGGCCACAAUCACCAUGACCACAGUCGGUUAUGGGGACACCUGCCCAGUGACGCUGGCGGGGAAGAUAGUAGCCACCUUGUGCAUCAUCUGUGGCCUGUUAGUGGUGGCUCUGCCCAUCACCAUCAUCUUCAAUAAGUUUUCAAAGUACUAUCAAAGAAACAAAGCCAUGGAGGGACAAUGUAUCACUAAGCCUGAAAGACAAGACCCAGAACUCCCUUAUUAUAACAUCAGAGACCUGUUCACAAACAGUGUGUAUCCCUUUAUAGGAGCUUUCGCCUUCAGGAACAGUGAGAGCAGCGCAGGGGACGAUACAGAUGCCUCCAGUCUCCAGGACAUAGAGGUGUAUGAUAAUGACACUUGUGAAAAUGGGGCAGCAAAAUGAGAUUCCUGACAUUUCAGUGUUGUUUAUGACUGCAAGUCACUCUGUGCCUCUCAGGGCAGAGCACUGACCCUGCCUCCCUGCACCGUCUUCCUCCUGCAAUUUGACAGAGAAAUAUUGUGAACUUUUUUUUUCUACAAGGGAAUAGCUUGUGAAAUAUACAACGUCGCUAAAACCAGGAAAUCUAAGGGGAAUUAACUGAACCUUGCUCAGAGGUUUGAAAGCCCAUUUUCUGCUUGAGAAAACUGCAAUGAUGCAUGUAGGAGGCCAUAAUGUUAAUGUUUUUCAAAGUAAUGCCCUGUAUUGAUUCGUCUGCUCGCUGAAGGUUCAGACAGAGAAUUCGGCGGAUGCAAAGGUCUAGAGUGACAACAACACUGUUUGAUGUUUAAAAAUGGUAUAAUACGUUUCUAAGUUGACUGAUGUUACACAGUCUGCAUGAACAAAAAUACAUGCGUUUUGAAAGAGAGUAAUAUAAAUUGUUGUGUAGAAUUAUGCAAUAUUAUUGAUGCUGCUGAAGAGAGGUCACUGAGGAAAGCACUGAUAUUACAAGGUUAUUGUUAUUACAUUUUUGUUUUGGACAUUUGUUUUGGCAUGCUGAGUGACUCCUGGGUGGGUAACUCAUGUGGACAUGAAAUAAAACAGUGAAUCAGAAGAAAUAUGCCUCUCAUUUGUGACUUGGCAUACAGUAAGUUGUACUUACUCAAUCAUUCAGAUAAGGUUUCCAGUGCAGAUUUAUCGCCAUAUGUCCAAAAUACUGCAAUGCAACUCUUCCUGGUUAAAAUUACACUAAAAUCUAAAUCUAAAUCAUCAACAAUGUAUUUUCUUUAGUGCUGAAAUGCACUGAAACUGUAGAGGAAACUUUCUGUACCUACUCACUAUUUUCCGUUCCUGAAAGUAUUGGCUUCCUGUCCCCUGUUGUAAUCUCUGCUUGGAUGAACUGCUGUCCUACUAAUAUCUUUUCUCUCCAGAGGUCUCAAAGGUGUUGACCAGACGAAGUUAACCUAAAGCAUCUACUCUCAGAGCUAAACACUCCAAAAUGUUAAAUGAAUCAUACAUUUUUGAUUGGACGGCAGGUUGUGUAAAUACCCACUGCAGCCUAACCUGAACAGAUAAGCUCAUUACUGUCUGAUUAUUUGCCAAUAGUAAUAAAUUAGUUUCGAUUACUGGGUUUCCUGUAUCGGGUGUGCAUCACAUGGCAAAUUAGCAUAUUGCUUAAACCACACUUUCUGUUAUUUGCUUUUGUCAGCUGCCUUUUAUUGUAAAGACAAACAAAGUGUUGGUGCAGACAAGUAUUGAUUUUCAGUAAAUAGUGCACAGUUGAUACCAUACAGUAUAUGGCUUUGCAGAUGACAUGCAUCUUUACAUGGAAGAAAAUCUGCAUACAUUUGUUAAAAUUUCUGAGGGGUCACCAGAUGAAUAAAGGGAUAAGAAAUUGUGUUCUAUCACUCAAAAUUA